AUGGCUCCAGUCAUAGACAUCGGACUUGACGGCCGGAGUCCCCGACUCUACAUCACUGAUGAGGAAGACGUCCGCACAGCGGAGUACGUGACCCUUAGUUACUACUGGGGCAAGAGCAACGGCCCAGCUAGAACGACAAAAAAUAACCUCGAAGCCAGACGACGCGAGAUUAACACUGCAGAGCUCCCUCAGACGAUCCGGGAUGCGCUUUUGAUCACCAAGCAUCUCGGGGUCCGCUUCCUUUGGGUCGAUGCCAUCUGCAUAGUCCAGCCGACUGACCAAGACAGGUCUGAUUGGUUGAACGAGGCGCCCAAGAUGGGUCAAUACUAUUCCAACGCUGCCUGUACUAUUGCCGCCUGCGUAGCGAGUGAUAGCGCCGAAGGUUUCUUGCAUGAGAGGCCGCUUGAGAAAUUGCAGCCGGAGAGGGAGUGUCCGCUCGAACCCUGGACACCCUCACCAAAGCUGUUCCCCGAACCACCUGCUCACGUCACAGUCUUGAAGCCGUCCCCGUCGCGACUUGGGUUUAGGGUGGCUUCGAGUCCACUCUAUAAACGGGGCUGGACGCUGCAGGAACAAAUCCUCUCUACGCGCACCAUGUACUGGACCAAGCAUGCACUCUUCUGGGGAUGCGCUGAAGAGCGCGCUGCCGAAUUCCGACCCGAUGGUCUUUCUGCCAGCUCAUUUCCGGGACACAUCACCUUGUCGCAAUUCCUGUCUAGUAACGCGGAUAAAGCCCUUGGAAAUAUGUGGCUCUCUGUUGUCGCCCACUAUAGCAGUGCGUCUUUGAGCCACGAGUCGGACAGGCUAGCUGCACUCAUGGGCCUCGCAAGUCGCCUCCAGGAUCAUUUCGGAGACGAAUACCUGUUUGGAAUUUGGAAGUCUCAACUGCUUGCCGGGAUCGCCUGGCAAUCGGUGGUUAGGUCACACCACCGCAUCCGAGAGGGGAUGGCAUGCACGUUGCCGUCCUGGUCUUGGGUAAGCUUGAGAGCACCAGUCAUCUUCCCCUUAGAUUGCCCACUAGAAAUAGAGUGGUUAGCAGAGGUAGUUGCGGUUGAGGGGGAAACCAACGUUCUGAAUCCCGUCGGGGAGAAGGUCUUUGAAUGCAGGGUGCGGAUCAAAGGCAAAGUGAUCCUCAUCGACCAAGUUCCACCCGAUACAGUUCAAUUCGGUAAGGAGGAUCAGGAAUGGGACUUGGGCGGCCAGCGGCGGACAGUCGAGAUUUUGAUGGCUGAAAUGGACUGUUCGCCAAAACCGCACCCUAAUAACGACCUUGGGUGCUUGGUGCUCGCGAGUUGGGGUAUGGAUCAGACGGCGACGGCGAGGAUCGAGCUGUCCUGCCUGUUCCUGGCGGGAUUUAGCUUCUUCCUGGGCUCUCUCCUCCCUCUCUCCUCACUACCUCGGUAUUCUAACAACCAUCCGACGAACAUCGUCUCGCGAUACCCCAAAGUCAAGUCCAACAUGUCCGCACCAAAGAUUCCCACCAUCAAGCUCAAUGACGGGCACGAGAUCCCCGUGCUCGCUUACGGUCUCGGAACGGCCCGCGCAACCCGCGGCGGUCCCCUCGACACCUCCCUCGUCGAACUGACCAAGAAGGCCAUCGCAACAGGCUUCCUCCACCUCGAUGGAGCCCAGAUGUACGGCAACGAAGCAGAACUAGGCGAAGCAAUCCGCACCUCCCCAACCCCGCGCUCCUCCCUCUUCAUAACAACAAAAUACUCCUACUACACCGCCCCCACCCCCGCCACCUUCUCCGCCUCCCUCUCCAAACUCGGCCUCGACUACGUAGACCUCUACCUCAUCCACCACCCCUUCUGCGGUGGCUCCUCCGGCACCUCCCUAGCCCCUUACGACCCGGCCAAACUCCAGCAGACAUGGGCCGACCUCGAACAACUCCAGCGGGAAGGGAAAAUCCGCUCCAUCGGCGUGUCGAACUUCUUGAGGGAGCAUUUGGAGGUUGUCUUGGAGACGGCCAAGGUCGUGCCUGCUGUGAAUCAGAUCGAGUUUCAUCCGUAUUUGCAGCAUAGGGGGUUGUUGGAUUUUCAUCGGGAGAAGGGGAUUGUUACGGAGGCUUAUGGGCCGCUUACACCUAUUGUGAGGGCCGUUGAGGGGCCCGUCGCGGCGAUCUAUAAUAGGUUGGCGGAGAAGUAUGGCGUUUCGGAGUCUGUUGUUGGGUUGAGGUGGGUUAUUGAUCGCGGGGUCGUGGCUAUUACGACGAGCUCUAAGGAGGAGAGGUUGAGAAGCUAUAUUGAAAAGGUGCCGUCGUUUAAGCUGACCGAGGAGGAGGUUAAGGAGAUUUCCGAGGCGGGCCUGCAGAAGCAUUACCGUGCCUUCUUCACCAACCGGUACCCUGAAGAUGAUCGAAGCUGA